GCACCGGCCCCUGUCCACCCGGCCACGAGCGCCUCCAUGAACUCGGUGUCGCCGGCCGCCGCGCCGUACCGGAGCCCAGAGGAGAGCCGUCGGCCGCGCGCAGCACCCCACCUUCCCGACCCCCGCGGCUUGGGGCGCCCCGGAACCGGCCUCCCUGCGUCCUCCUCCCCGCUCACCGCAGGGGCUGCCGCCGCAGAGGAGCCCGACGAGGUGGACAAGUUUAAGGCCAAGUGUCUCACGGCCUGGAACAAUGUCAAGUAUGGUUGGGCCGUCAAAAGCCGGACCAGCUUCAGCAAGCUAUCCAGCGUGCACGUCUGUGGCCGGCGCUACCGCUUCGAGGGCGAGGGGGACAUUCAGCGUUUCCAACGGGACUUCAUGUCCCGCCUGUGGCUCACGUACCGCCGAGACUUCCCGCCCCUGGCCGGGGGCUCCCGGGGCUGCCUGACCUCCGACUGUGGCUGGGGCUGCAUGUUACGCAGUGGCCAGAUGAUGCUGGCACAGAGCUUGCUGCUGCAUCUCUUGCCCAGGGACUGGACAUGGGCCGGGGGCCUGGGCCUGGGUGCCCCUGAGCUGCUGGGGUCGGCCUCUCCCAGCCGGUGCCGUGGGCAUACCCGGUGGACACCCCCACGCAGGGCCCAGGGCACCCUGGAGUUGGAGCAUGAGCGGUGCCAUCGGCAGAUUGUAUCCUGGUUUGCCGACCACCCCCGGGCCCCCUUCGGCCUGCACCGCCUGGUGGAACUUGGGCAGACCUCAGGCAAGAAGGCGGGGGACUGGUACGGGCCGUCGCUGGUAGCCCACAUUCUCAGGAAAGCUGUGGAGAGCUGCUCUGAGGUGUCUCAUCUGGUGGUCUACGUAUCUCAGGACUGCACAGUGUAUAAGGCAGACGUGGCCCGCCUGGUGGCCAGGCCAGACCCCGCUGCCGAGUGGAAAUCUGUUGUCAUCCUCGUGCCCGUGCGGCUGGGUGGCGAGACCCUUAACCCCGUGUACGUGCCCUGUGUGAAGGAGCUGCUGCGCUUGGAGCUGUGCCUGGGCAUCAUUGGGGGCAAGCCGCGGCACUCGCUCUACUUCAUCGGCUACCAGGAUGACUUUCUGCUCUAUCUGGACCCGCACUACUGCCAGCCCACCGUGGACGUUAGCCAGGCUAACUUCCCCCUAGAGUCCUUCCACUGCACCUCCCCCCGCAAGAUGGCCUUUGCCAAAAUGGACCCGAGCUGUACUGUGGGGUUCUAUGCCGGAAACAGGAAGGAGUUUGAGACACUGUGCUUGGAGCUGACCAGGGUCCUCAGCUCCCGCUCGGCCACGGAGCGGUACCCCAUGUUCACCGUGGCCGAGGGCCACGCCCAGGAUCACAGCGUGGAGGACCUGUGCUCACAGCUCUCGGCCCAGCCCCUGCUGCAGCUCCCAAGGCCCGGGCGGCUCCUCAGGGCCCAGCGGCCCAGCUCCGAGGACUUUGUGCUUUUGUGAAGGG